AUGUUUCUGUCUGUCAGGUGGGGUUUUGAGCACCAUGACUGCAAAGGCCAGCUGUUCAUCCUAGAGAGGGGUGAGUACCCCAACCGGGUCACCUAUGCUGGUUCUUUAUCCUACCACACCGAGAGCUUCAUGUCGUUUCGUCCCAUUUAUUGUGCUGUAAAUAAAACUUUAAUGAAUGAGGAGCCAAAGCUUUGGAUCUUGCUUGCAGGUCUGUUAAUAGUAAAACACUCUUUGCAGUUUUCUCAAAGCAGACACAUGAUGAUUUUUCAAGAGGGAGAACUUCAUCCGUCCCUGCAGGCUGUGGGCUGGUUCAUGCCCGAGGUCGGUUCCAUGCAUUUGCACAGCGGAGCCUUUGUCUGCUUUGAGUGCCCAGACUACAGAGGUCAGCAGUACAUCACGGAGUGUGAGAGGCAUGGUGGAGACUACCUGCACUGGAGGAACUGGGGCUCCCACUGUCAGACACCAAAGAUCCAGUCCAUCAGGCACUGA